AACUCUCUUUCUACUAGCAUUCCUUUUUAUAUUUUAUGCUAUAUGGUAGUAAUUUUGCUUAUGUAUAAUUAUUUUCUCUUUCCUGCAGAGUCAUUCCAAAAUCUUUGAUGACUAGCGAGAUUACUGGAGAAACUGUUGGUGAGGUUCGGGCUGUUUCAGACAUGCAUGAGAGGAAAGCUGAGAUGGCUCGCCAAGCUGAUGCCUUCAUUGCUUUGCCUGGCGGAUAUGGGACACUCGAGGAAUUGCUGGAAGUUAUAACAUGGGCACAGUUAGGAAUUCAUCGGAAGCCUGUGGGUCUGUUGAACGUAAAUGGAUACUACGAUUUCUUACUUUCGUUCAUGGACACGGCUGUGUCAGAGGAGUUUAUUUCUGAGAAAGCUCGCCUCAUUAUAGUUUCCGCUCCAACGCCGAAAGAGUUGGUUAGAAAAUUGGAGGACUAUGUAGCAGAUCCUGACGAUUUUGUAUCGAAAUUGUGCUGGAAUUCUGCUGAGCAUGAAAAAGCAAGCUUGGUUGAAGUGAAAUCAGGCCUGACUUCUGUUUCCUGAAUGUAUAUAUAUUCCUGCUUUUUUUUUUUUUUGCCAUAACAGAAAAUAGGUACCUUGUUUACCACGCCAAUCAAAAUGUAGGAUUACAUGAAGAAAUCCUAUGCUUUUUGGGUUUUUUAAAUGAUCUUUGUACUGGA